AUGUCCGGCCAGAUCGAUAUCCUACUAUACGGCCUGGGCGCCAUCGGCUCCUUCUACGCCUUCGUUCUGAGCCGGUCCGAGCGUGUACGCUUGACGGUAGUCGCUCGAUCAAACUACGAGGCUGUCAAGGCAAAUGGAAUUACCAUCAACAGCGAGAACCACGGCCAGCACAAUUUUCAUCCACACCGAGUGGUGAAAUCCCCAUCCGAGGUGUCUGCCGUUGACUACGUAGUGUGCGCCCACAAGGCCAUCGAUCAAGAGGACGUCGCGGUGCAAUUGCAGCCCGUGGUGGAUCAGAACAGGACGACCAUCGUGAUUAUCCAGAAUGGAGUUGGUAACGAGGAGCCAUUCAGGAAGCAGUUUCCCGGAAGCUCCAUUCUGACCUGCGUGACCUGGGUCGGAGCGACACAAAUCAGUCCCGGUAUCGUCAAGCACACCAAGUCCGAAGAUAUGCAGAUCGGCCUUUUCGCGAACGCACAGGUUGAGAAGGCGACCGAACAGCAGCGACUCGAUACUUUCACAGACUUGCUCCGCAACGGCCAAACCCGGUUCCAGAUUCUCCACGAUAUCCAACGAAAGCGAUGGGAGAAGGUUGUAUGGAACGCGGCAUGGAACUCCAUCACUGCAUUAACGAUGGUGGACACCCAAACCUGGCUACACUCGUCAGAUGACGCCGAGCCAUUUACUCGCAAGUUGAUGCUUGAAGUCAUCCACAUUGCUCGCGGCUGUGGUGUGGCCCUGCAAGAUGAGCUCCCCGACCAGCUCAUUGGAAAGAUCAAAGCCAUGCCAGGAAUUGGCAGCAGCAUGCAGACUGAUUUCAAAAAUGGGCGGCCAAUGGAGAUUGAUGUGAUCCUGGGUUUCCCCGUGCGCAAAUCACGGGAGUUGGGCAUCUCGGCUCCCUAUUUGGAGACGCUCUAUGUCAUCCUGCGCGCGAUAGAUGGUCGACUGCGUGCCGCACUGUAG